AUGGCUUCACGAUUUUUAAUAUUCGCCUUCUUGUCCAUAAUAAUCAAAUUCACUGCUGCCAUCACCUGCACAGACUGCGCCGCGCUCGAGCUCAGCCCACCACCAACGAGGAUGCCCUGGAACAAAGAAGGCAGCAACUCACAACAUUCAGCCACUCUUAGCAAGAGAGAUGAUGUGCAGCUCGUUCAGCCAGACGGACCACACCAAACCGCGAAGCUUGGCUACAAGACGGAGCUCACUAAGGAGUGUGCGCAGGCCUGUCUAAAGACCUGCCGGCCAUUUGACGGCUUGCCGUACGAGUACGCAGAUUGCCAGCAGGCUGAUUACUGA